CCUCCGCGCUCAACAAGGUGAGCCUCAACCCCCUUCCCCUCCUUCUCCUGCCUCUCUGGCCCCUCUCUUCCAGCACGCUCUGCCCCCAGCCUCAGCAGCCCUCACGCCUCCCCACCGCCAGGCUCCCCACAGCCCCACACCAGCCUCCCCACUCCCUCGCCCUCCUGCAAUACCGCUCCUCGCACCCCCACGCCCCUGCGCUUGCUCAACAGCCUCUCGUCCCUUCCAGGGCUCCUCCACACCACACACAUGGCCUGCUACAACGCCUGCCGCUCCUGGGGACCCACCCCGCUGGCCAACAGCUGCAACGAGCCCUGUUCCCUGCAGUGCCAGGACUCCCGCGUCGUCAUCCAGCCUCCCGCCGUGCUGGUCACCCUGCCAGGACCCAUCCUCACCUCCCACCCCCAGAGCACCGCCGUCGGAUCCUCCUCAUCGGCUGCCGUGGGCAACGAACUCAGUGCCCAGGGAGUUGCCAUCAACUCCGGGGCCUUCGGCUACGGCAACGGCUAUGGCUUUGGAGGCCUGGGCUGCUUUGGCGGCAGAAGGGCUGGAUACAUCUGCUAAGGGCCCUCGCCACCACCCCUGACGGACACCACCUACCGCAUUGAAGCUACGCCAUGGAUUGUGGACUCACCUCUGGACCCUUCUUGCCACGUGGACCUGCUGUCCAUGGCUCUUCCUCUAAAGGAGCCACGAAGAUCUUGGUGCUCUGGCAAGAUCUAUGUCACAGAAGCAACCUCAGCUGAUGGUCACCCUACGUGCAGCAUAUACUUGUCACCGCCUACUUGGUGCUCCUGCCUUUUCACUCUUUUGUUUCCUCAAUAAAGGUCUCUUGCAUCCCAGCCUGAGACAUCUCGCUUUACUUUCUUCUCUCAAGGCUCUUCCAACCUCACCCAGCACAAAGCCAGGGCUCAAGAAGCAAACUGGACAGGGGGGAAAAGGGCCACAAGACUUCUCCCAGGAAAUAUGUCACCUCCUAUACCACCAAGAACACAGACCAGAAUCUGGGGUACU